AUGCAGUUCCACCCCUCGUUAGUGUCACGCCUUGCAUUGGAGACCGUUAUGGAGGGUCAUCGGGGGUGUGUGAACGCCAUAGCAUGGAAUCGGUCCGGCUCACUCCUUCUCUCCGGUUCUGACGAUUUUAUGGUGAAUGUGUGGGACUACAGCUCGCGGCGGUUACUUCACUCUGUGGACUCGGGCCAUUCGGGCAACAUCUUCUGUGUGCGCUUCAUGCCCGAGACAGCGGACGAUGUGUUAGCCUCUGGCGCUGGGGACAAUGAGGUGCGAGUGCACAGGCUCUCACGCUCCACCGCUCCUGCCCUCGCCACGUCAUCCUCCCCCUCUGCAACUGGCUCACCCGGCGCCGGACGGCAAGAUUUGUCUGCAUCCAGCGGUCCGUCCCAUUCAUCAGAGCAGACAGCAAUGUUCCGGUGCCACAACCGCCGGGUCAAGAAGCUUGCGGUGGAGGAGGGCAAUCCGCAUGUGGUGUGGAGUGCGAGUGAGGACGCCACACUGAGGCAGCACGACCUGAGAGAGACGUCCAUCUGUCCACCGCCCACCACUCACGCGCGCUCCCACUCCCCUCUUCACCACUCCCUGUAUCACGGCGCCUCAGAAUGCCGCAGUGUGCUGCUUGACCUUCGGGCAGCAGGAAAAGUUUCGCUCGAAGAUCCACCUCGCGACUCAUUGGCUCUCAAGUCUUGUGCCAUCAGCCCGACCCGACCACACCUGCUGAUGGUGGGAGGGAGUGACGCCUUUGCUCGCAUCUACGACCGUCGAAUGCUCCCAUCGCCCUCCUCCCUCUCCCGCGCCUCCCCUCGCCCCAAGCCCCCACCCCCUCUGCUCCUGCUCGCUCCCAGUCACCUUUCGGAACCGCAAGGGCGGUCAGGCCUGCACCUGACCCACGUGGCCUUCUCAGCCAAUGGGGAGGAGGCGUUGCUGAGCUACAGUGGCGAGCACGUGUACCUGUUUGACCUUGACCGAGCAACCCUGCCGUCCAUGAUCUACACUCCUGCUGACGUGGCAGCGUCUCACAGGCUGGCUCCCCUCAAGCCCUCGGACCUUCAUUACAAUCACAAAACUGGCACCACCCCCAGCAUCAGCAAUGGCCGCACUAACGGAUUUUGCCAGCCAGACCAGCAGCAGCAGCAGCAGCAGCAGCAGCAGCAGCAACAGCGACAAGAACCAGAUUCAGAGCACAGAAGAGGAAACCAACAUAAGCCCUCUUCUCCUCGCCUAAAGCCCCAUACUCCCAAGCCUGGUUCAGCUAAGCACUCCGAGCCUGGUAGCCUUGGGGAGAAAGACAGAAACGGCUCACUUCCGAAGCAGGGUGACAGGUCUGGCAGUGGCAGUGGCAGUAGCGUGUGGGAUAGGUACACCAAUGGGCGGACCGAACUGCCUCGGGCAGGAGUGGUUCGGGACCGAGCCGUGGGCCCAGGCUUGGGGCCAAGCGACAGGGAUUAUACCAAGCUGCAAGAGUGCGAGCAGCUGUUGGAGGAAGCUUCUGCGAUAGUUCUCGGCCUGGAGGCCGAGUCAGAAGCAGCCCGACCAGCAGGCGAGGGGGGAGAGGGGCAGGGAGGGGCGUCAGGUGCCACCUCAGGUGCCGCCUCAGGUGCCGCCCCAGGUGCGGCCUCAGGUGCCACCUCAGGUGCCGCCCCAGGUGCGGCGUCAAGUGGGGCGGGCAGGAGGGCGUCUAGGGAGAGGACGAGGAGUCAGCAGGUGGCAUCCGGGCGGCGGGCCAGCCUGGCGAUAGACCUGUGCAGUGCGGUGCUGGAGGAGGGGGGGGAGGUGAUUGGACCGGGGGUGCGGCAUGACGCGCUCUGCACACGAGCCGCUGCGAUGCUGGAGAGGGGAUGGAAGAACGACGAUCUGAUGGUGCUGCGUGACUGUAACGAAGCCAGGCGAAUCCUCCCCACGUCCAUCCGCGCCCAUCUCUACAUGGCCCAUGCCUUCUCCCAGCUGGGACAGCAUCAAGAGGCGGUGGAGUUUGCAGAGCGAGCAGCCAUGUUUGACAGCAACCUCUCCUCCUACGUGGUGUCGCUCCGAGCCAAGAUGGCUGCUGCAGGGGAGGGGGGAGAGGGUGGAAGAGCGGAGGGGAGUGAGGCGAGGAGGGAAGAGGAGGUGAAGUUGGCAGAGGAGGGGUUAGUGGAAGAGGGUGGGGAGGAGGGUGCAGGGGAGGGAAACGAGGAGGAUGAGGAGGGGGAGGAAGAGGAAGAGGUUUUUGAGGUUCGUGUGGACAUGAGACUGGCUCCUGGCGUUGAAGCAGAGGAGAGAGAAGACGACCCAGGAGAUGAGACUGUGGCAGGAGGAGGAGGAGGAGGAGGAGGAGGAGCGGGAGGAGGAGGGGGAGUGGGAGGAGCGGGAGGAGUGGGGAGGGGACGAGGGGUGGGAGGAGGAGAAGCGAGUGGGGAAGGAAGAAGGGUGAGUCUGAACCUGAGACUGAGGAGGAGCAGAGAAGGGGAGGAGGACCGAGAGGAGGGGGUGCGACGGGAGAAGAGCGCCAGAGGGGCAGGCGGAGAGACGAGGAGAAUGGGGGGCGGGAGCGUGAGUACACGGGAGGAGGGAGAAGCGGAUGAUGAGGAGGGGGAGGAGGGGGAGGAGGGGGAGGAGGGUGAAGAGGAAGAGGUGAAAAGGGGAGCAGUGGAACGGAUGAGGGCAGUGGAUAUGAGGCAGCGGUUUGUGGGGCACUGCAACACGGGGACGGAUAUCAAGCAGGCGUCAUUUCUGGGAGACCGGGGGGAGUUUGUGACAAGCGGGAGCGACGAUGGGCGGUGGUUUGUGUGGGAGAAGCGCACUGGCAGAGUAGUGAAGAUGCUUGCAGGGGACGAGCAUGUGGUGAACUGCAUUCAGUGUCACCCCGUAGACUGCUGUGUGGCCACCAGCGGCAUUGACGACACCAUCAAGUUGUGGACGCCUCAUGCACCAUCAGCUUCAAGGGUGGCAGCAGGGGUGGGGGGGCCUGAGCCGGCCGACAUGAUUCGAGUGAUGGUGGAGAACCAGCAGCGCAUGCGCCGACCUCGCGAGUUCUUUGCGCCCAUGGAGCUUCUGCAGCGCCUGCAGAUGCAUGAGAACGCCGGAUUUGAAUGUGCGCAGUCUUGA